GCAAACCAAUAAGAAAUGAUCGAAAUUACUUGUAACGAUCGACUUGGUAAAAAAGUUCGAGUGAAGUGUAAUUCUGAUGAUACAAUUGGGGAUCUUAAGAAACUUGUAGCAGCGCAAACCGGAACAAGAGCUGAUAAAAUUGUUCUUAAAAAGUGGUACACAAUAUUUAAAGAUCAUAUCAGUCUGGGAGAUUAUGAAAUUCAUGAUGGAAUGAAUUUAGAACUCUAUUAUCAGUAAAUCUGUCAAUUCUUUGACAGUCCUACUUUAAACUCUUGUAGACUUGAAACAGAUAUGGUUGUUGCUAUUGAUAAUUUUUUUGGUUGCUAUUUACUGUACAGUAGAAACUCAAAGUAUAAAGGAAGGACCUAUAUUGGAUUUACAGUGAACCCAGAACGAAGAAUUUCUCAACAUAAUGCUGGUGCAAGUAAAGGUGGUGCUUACCGUACCAGUGGUAGAGGACCAUGGGAUAUGACGAUGAUUGUGCACGGUUUCCCUUCUGAUAUUGCAGCAUUAAGGUUUGAAUGGGCUUGGCAAAAUCCAAAAAGAUCUCGCCGCCUGAAGCAUAUUACAUGUAAAACUCGAAAGGAAUCCAUGUUUCAAUAUCGAAUAAGAAUCAUGUCAAAUAUGUUAACACAAACACCUUGGAAGAAGCUGCCCCUCACUGUUCAAUGGUUGAAACAGGAAUAUGCCGUUGAUUUGACUCCACUCCCACCUAAUCAUAUGCCCAUCAUGUAUGGCCCAGUAUCUGCCAAAGUAAAAAAACAUAAGAUAAAUAAAAUUAAAAACCAGCUGAAAACACCAUGUCUUUCACAACAAAAUGUCCCGACUACUAGCAAUUGUGACUCAAAUUUGAUUAAUACUGAAAUCCUUAAUAGCAGUUUAGAUGAAGAUUGUAUGUCACUCAUUGAUCGUCUUUCUCAUAAAUCUAUGGCCAAGCAAUCAAAAUCGUGUCUCACGAGUAGCACAUGUUGCACAUUGUGUAAUGUUUCUUUACCUGUCAAUGUGGAAAACGCACCAUCUAUUCUUAAGUGCCCAAAUGAAAGUUGCAAUAUGGCAUCACAUUUGUUAUGUCUUGCAAAGCAUUUUUUAUCGAAUAAGUUUGACCAAUUGUUGCCUGUUGAUGGUUAUUGUCCAUCUUGCAAUGAUUCUUUACUGUGGGGAGCUUUAAUUAGGCAAUCCAAUGGUUUUCAUAGUUAUUUAAAAAUGCAUUCUCAGAUUUGUUAAACUAAGUUUUAAAACUGCAUCAUUCUUUGUUAAUAAUCCCCAAAACAAGAUUAGUACAAAUAAGAUGUUUCAAUUAAUUUACCAUAACUUGCAG